UGUAUUUUUGAAUAGCUUCCAGCCAAUCAGAUUAAGGCUUUGAAGGAGGAGCCGUUGUGGGACUGUGAUCAAGUUUGUACGCCCUGCACUACAUACAAAACAGCACCUGAGAGAAGUUCUGCUUGUACUGAACUGAGUGAAUAUUCAACACGUACAGACUUUGAAAAGUUAUGGGGAAAGAUCCUAAUAAGCCGAGAGGGAAGACUUCGUCCUACGCCUUCUUUGUGCAGACAUGUCGGGAAGAGCAUAAGAAGAAGCACCCGGACACGUCGGUCAACUUCUCCGAGUUCUCCAAGAAAUGCGCCGAGAGAUGGAAGACCAUGUCUUCUAAGGAGAAAUCCAAAUUCGAGGAUCUGGCCAAAAACGACAAGGUACGUUACGACCGGGAAAUGAAAAACUACGUGCCACCGAAAGGCGCCGUGAAGGGCGGCAAGAAGAAGAAGGACCCGAACGCACCCAAGAGGCCACCAUCUGCCUUCUUUGUGUUCUGCUCCGAUCACCGACCAAAGGUGAAGAGCGAGUACCCUGGCAUCUCUAUUGGUGAUGUGGCAAAGAAGCUGGGCGAGCAGUGGUCCAAGCUGACAGCCAAGGAUAAAGCUCCAUACGAGCAGAAGGCUGGGAAGCUGAAGGAGAAAUAUGAGAAGGAUGUUGCCGCAUACCGUGCCAAAGGAGCAAAGGCGGACGGUGCGAAGAAAGGCGGACCAGGGCGGCCAGCCAGCAAGAAGGCAGACACAGAUGAUGAUGAUGAUGACGACGACUUGGAUGAUGACGACGACGACUUGGAUGACGACGAUGACGACGACGAAUAAAUUUAUCAGGAAUUUUGUGCCGACUUGUUUGCAAUGUGAAACAGCGUUUUCUUUUUUUUAAUACAAUUUUUUUUCCCCCAAAACAUGUACAGAGAUGUGUAUAGAUUAAAUACAUUCAGGUCAUGUACUGUUUUGUACAUUUAGCAGCCAGUUUUGUUAAGCACUGCCUUUUUUUUUUGUCUCGAGCUGUGGUUUCUUUCUUGUCUUUAUGAAAUUUGUUUCCACUGGCAUUGUAAGGAAAAACGAGGAACACGGAUGUGUAGUUUAAUCCUCAAACAAUUUUUAGACAUUAAGCUUUCGAAAUAUUGUGUAGACUUUUUUUUAUAAUAAAAUUUUGUAUAUUAUGAUCA